AUGCAACAACUCGAUCUCAAAACAUGGUCUGCAAUGCCAUCAUUUGGAGGAACACACAGCCAUACCAAUUUGGUAUAUCGCCAGCCUUAUACCGCCGAUUCAGAUGAACGUCACCGGUUGGAUGCCGUACUCUCUUUGCUAUAUCCAUCCACAGUACACGUGCACAGUUCUUUGUCGAUUUCCGGUCACAUCCACUCGCUGCGAAUCAUUGUGCUCUCGAAUGGAGCACGGUUGUUGCUGAAAGGGUCUCCUUCAUCAAGCACGGCGCUCCUUCGACGGGAAAGGUCCUUCCUUGAAACCGAAGCCCAGUUCCUGACUCUGCUCGGACAGAGUGGAAACCCCUGCAUCCCCCAGCUCUACAAUUACGACCCUCAUGGACGAUCGUGGGGAUCUCCCUAUCUCAUUCGGCAAUAUAUGAAUGGAACGAGUUUAUUGGACAUGGAGGCUGGCCUUUCAUUCGAACAACGAGACGGGAUUGACCGUCACUUGGGUUUCUUAUUGAGCACGAUUGGACAGAAUGCAGCUCCAGGGUUUGGAACCCUGCAGCAAGUUGCUCGGGGCGCUGGCACCCCCUCUUGGAGGGAUGCUUUCUGUGCUCUCUUCGAGGGUGUCCUCCGUGAUGCCGAAGAUACCUUUGUUCAUUUACCUUACUCGGAAAUUCGAGACGAGUUAAGCCGUCUCGCACCUGCCCUCGAAGAUGUCACUCUGCCACGUCUAGUAGUGGUGGAUUUUGGUCGCCCCUCUCACAUCCUGCUGAAUGAAGAGUCUAAACAACUCUCGGGCAUUGUGGAUUUCAGCAGUGCACUGUGGGGCGACGUAUUGAUGGCCGAGAUUUUUGCACACCCAUCGCAGGCGAUUUUGCAAGGAGCCGGCAUGCCGAUGACCAGGACAAGGGGAGAAACUAUUCGGUUGGCGCUGUAUGCAUGCUACCGGCUGGUCUCCCAAAUCACCGUCCAGUAUUACCGAACCCGAGAUGAAGCGAGUGAGUUCGAUUCACGAAGACGAUUGACGACCACCAUUGCGGAGAUGACGAGGCUUGGAGUUUAG